UAGCAACCGGAGGGGAUGCCUUGGUACAGGCAGCUAGGGGCAGAGCGAAGGCUCGGCAAGCUGGGGUAUUUGUGUUAGGUAGGUGUAAGGCUCAGCUGACUGAACUCUCUAGCGUGAGCUGUGACAGCUGCCUCCUCCCAAGCACCCAGCCAUUAGCACAACAAUCUGCAGCUCACUUUGCAUUUCCUGCACGAUCAAAAAGGCAUCCUGCAAAAAUGAGUCACCCUCACCCUGGGUCACUCGCAACCUACAACAGCCUUACAGACAGACACUUGGCUGGAUACUUCAGCAAUACAAGGAUAAGACGGCAUCUUCAGCGAUCAGGGCUGAUCUCAAGAAGUGGAAGAAUAAUAUCUGAGAAGGAGUAUCGGCUAAAUGCUAUGAGGAAGGAUCACCAAAGAUACGUACGGGAAUGCCUAGCUCAGGCCAUAUUUCACAAGGUCCUUGACAUGGAGGCUUUCUUGCACUGGCAGCGUCAUCAUCAGCUAGAAAUAAAAAGAAAACUGGAAAACGUUGUGAGGAAGGAGCGGGUUCAGAGAAUCAAGGUGGGACGAUCAGGAAGAUCAGUGGAAGAUAUUAAUCCUCUGCUCUCUCCACACCCACCUGCUGGCCCAAGAAAUCACUAUGGGCGCCAUGCUUUAGUUGAUGGAGAGCAAUCUGGCCCUUCGCUAUCAUCUUCCUCUCCUCGGCCAAACACAGCACCAGGAAAUAUGCAACGCCCAGUCCGACUACAGCCACUUCCUGGAUAUCCUACAGCAGGAUCCACACUCAAGACUUCUUCGAGAUCCAAACAAAAGCUCUUGGAACUUGAACAUGAUCAUCAGUUUCCCAAUGGGGGAGAGAAAAGCAUGAUGAGGCUUAUGAACUCAGUGGAUUAUUCAGCUGGAUUAUCCCCAUAUCAACUUCCCAUCAUUAACAAUUACGUGAUACCGGUGCCACCUCCACCCCAAAAAGGAGAUAAGAACAUAAAAGGAGUUAGGCAUGGGACUUCCAGGGGCAGGCGCUUUCGCCCGACCACUGCACCAAAUGGCUUCGAGCAGCUGUUAACAAAGGACUCGGGAAAAUUCCAUAAGCCCUCAUUACACAGCAAUGCAUCUGUUACAAUGAUCUACUUAGGAAAAAGUGUGCACUUGUCUCAUGAUGACACUGAUUACAGAGAUGAAAUCAAAGUCUAUCAGCAACAUUGUGGAGGAGAAAACCUUUGUGUCUACAAAGGCAAGCUACUGGAAGGAGAGACCUUUCACUUUACCUCAAAGAGGCACCAAGGUUUCCCCUUCAGUCUCACCUUUUUCCUCAAUGGGCUACAGAUGGACAGGCUGAGCUCCUGCUGCGAAUACAAGCAUCGGAAGGGUGUGAGAUUGGGAGGCAAGCAUGGAUACUUUGGCUUUGUGAAUGUGGAUAGAGCGUCUCCUUGCUAUAGGUGUAUCAUUGCAAUGGGCCUGGACAAAAAACCCUCUCCUCCAAAGAAGAAGAUGAAGGAAGACUAUGGAGAAAAGCAAGAGGAUUCUGUGAAGGAUGAAGAGAACAAUGAGCCAAGUGAGGGCAGCGUUGAGCAAGAGGUGACCAAACACUCGACAGUUGAAAUUUCAUCAGCUCACGGAGAGGGUCAGGAGCCUGCAGAGGACAGCGUGGAAAUUGGAGAGGAGGAAAGAGAAGAAGAAACACAAGGACCCGAGGAUGAGUCUGAAGAUGACCAGGAAAAUGCUAGUAAAGAUGAGUAUGAUGAAGAUUUUGAAGCCGAUGAAGAGAAAUCAGAUGAGAAAGUUAAUGAAGAAGGACAGGCCAAUGAUCAAAUGAAUGGAAUGUCAAAGUCACCCUCAGAUGAUGAAAAAGAUAAUUUAAACCAUGAAAAGGAGAGUAAAAGCUCAUCACAGAAGGCGCUGCAGGCCUCUGACAGCGAGAAAGAUGAAAGUGAUGGAUACUCAAACAGUGACUCAGAGGAAGAUAAACAAGAUAGGAACUCUGCAUCCUCUCUCUCAUCCAGCAGUACUCUGUAUAGCAGUGAAGACGACUCUGAAGCUGAAAAGAUGAAAGACCAUGUUAAGGGCAAUGAAAAGGAAGACAUUGACAGGACAGCGACACGUGAGAAGUAUGGAAAUGAGACUUGGGAAAGCAAACCUGAGGAAAAUCAGGAAAUGGAUGCAGUGGAGGAGGAAGAAAUGGAUGAAGCAGAAGAGACAAAAGCAGAGGCUGUGAUGAGGGAAGAAGUUGAGGUUCUUCAUGGACAUAUGAUGGAAAUACAUCAUCAAGGCACAGAUGAACUCAGUGGGGAACUCAGACCUGUAGGGUCAAUAGAAAAUAAUGCAAGGGAAGAGGGGGAGAAGGAUGGAAGCAACACGAGGGAAGAUGGGAAGGAGGUUGUUCUAGUGCAUUUGGAAGGCAGCACUGUGGAAGCAGAGGCUACAAACAAGGAUCCUCCUGAGGUUGAUGAAGGAGGUGAUUGCAAAUCAGUCCAAGAGAAAAUAGCAGAGGCAAUUGAAAAUGGCCAUCAUUUGAGUUCUGAACCUGAGCCCAGUGAUUCCAGUACAGAUGAAGAAGAGGAGAACUUAACAAGUACAGCUCAUGAUAUAAAAGAAGAUGGAGCCUUCUUGGCAGAAGCAGCAACAGCAUGUGAAAAGCAGAAGGCAGCAGAGCAAGGGGUACAAGAGGAAAAAGCACUUGAGGAGCAGGAGGAGUUUGUAGCUGAGGAAGGAGCCACUGACACUGAAGAGGCAGGCAGUGAAGCAGCUCUGGAGUUAGACUUACUGGCUAAGAAAGAAGCAGCAGCUGUGAUGGGACAGACAGUGGAGAAUGUACUUACUGUAAAAGAAGCAGCAUCUGAGGAGAAGGCUAUAAUGGAAGAAGCUCUGGAAGAGAGUAGGGUAGGAAAGGAAAUGGCAUUUCAAGGAGAGGAGGCAUCUGAGGGAAAUGUAGCUGUGGAGGAAGAUGUAAAUGAAGGAGAGGAGGCAGUGGAAAAGGCAGCAUAUGAGGGAAAGGUGGUGGAGGAAGUAUCACUUGAAGGAGAGGAGGUUGUUAAGGAGGUGCCUGAGGGAGAAGAGGAUGUGGAGGAAGCAGAAUCUGAGGCAAAGGAGGCUGUGGGGAUGGCAGGAGGUGUGGGAAAGGAAGAUGUGGAGGAGGCAGCAUCUGAGGCAGAGGAGGCUGUGGGGAUGGCAGGAGGUGUGGGAAAGGAAGAUGUAGGGGAGGCAGCAUCUGAGGCAGAGGAGGCUGUGGAGGAGGCAGAAUCUGAGGGAGAGGAGGUUGUGGAGGAUUCAGUUGCAGAGGCAGAGAAGGCUAUGGAGAAGGCAGACUCCACAGGAAAGGAAGUUGCAGAGGGGAUAGAAUUGGAAGGAGAGGAAGUUGUGCAGGAGGCAGCUUCUGAGGGAUGGGAGACUAUGGGAGAGACAGAAUUUGUUCUGGAGGAGUCAGUAGAAUCAGUGAAGGUUCCCAUACUGGGAGCAGCAAUUGAAAUGGAGGAAUCAGUAGAAUCAAGAAAGGUGCCCAUUGGUGAAGCAGUGUCUGAAGUGGAGGAGGCAGCAGCAGCAAAAACAUCUGAGGAGGAGGAGGAGGAUGUAAUGGAAACAACCCCAGAGGGGGGAGAGACAAGAAAUGAGGCCACAGAAGAGGAGUCAGAAGUAAAGGAAUCACCACCUCUGAGGGAAGAAACCUCAUUGGACAGGGAAAUAAAAAGGGAUGCUGCAAUAGAGGAAGGAGCACACAAAGAUGGGGAGAGCAUAGUGGAAGCAUCUGAAGAGGAAGCAGCAGCAGAAGAUCCAGAAUCUGAAGAGGAGGUAGUAGAAGAAGGAACAGACAUAGAGGAGUCAGUGCCUGAGGAAACACCAUAUAUGGGAGAAGAACUGGUGAAGGCUGGUGAGGAGGAAGUGACAGAGGAAACAGAAGAGAAGGUGGUGUCCCAAACAGCAGUUCCUGAAAAGAAGUUGGUAAUAGGAAAAAAGGUACCUAUUACUGAAGAGGCAGUAGAUAAAUCCACAAUAAAUGUAGAGGAGAUGGCUGAGGGAGCAGCAGUGGAGGGUGUAGUGGUAACUGAGGGGAUGGCAAUGGAGGAAGUGGAGGUGGGUGAGGGGGUGGGUGAGGAAUCAGCAGAGAGAGAGGGAGAGGGAAUGUCAGAAAUAGAAUCUGAGGAGGCAAUGUCAGUGGACGCAGCAGGCAAUGGGACAGUAAUGGGCAAUGAAACACCACCACAAAGGGAGGAGAUAGUAGAGAAAUCAGAACUUGGUGAGAAAGAAAAUGCAGAAGUAUUAUCAGACUGGGAGGUGCAGACAGCGGACGGAGGACAUGAGGAGGGCAUGGAAGAGGAGGAGGCAGGAUCGGAAGAGCAGAAGGUGAUGACAGAGGGGAUAAUACCCGAAGAAGAUAUGAGAUCAGAGAGAACAUUGCCUGAGGUAGAGAAAUUGAUGACGCCAUCAUCUCUGAGGGAUGAAGUGGAAGCUGUGGAAGCAGCACCUGAGGUAGAAGGUGUGACACAGGAAAUGGCAUAUCACCCAGAUGUAGUGGAGAAGCAAGCAGUCCUUGCGGAAGAGAUAGUGGCAAAAGUGAGACACACAGGUGGGAAUGACAGAACAGAGGAGCGAGAGAUGGAGACAGUGGAGGAGAAAAUCACACUGAAACAAUUAGACACAAAUGAAAAAAUAAAAAUAGGAAAGACAGAGACUUUGGCUGAAUAUCCACAUGGGAUUCAUGGGCGUACAGAUCUGCUUGAAGUCCAGCACAAGGAAGAAAGCCUUGCACAUAUAAAGACAGACACCAUAGAAACGUCCAUUACAGAAGAGAAAAACUAAUGGGCUCUGUGGCACAUGAAUGCUCUAGAGCUGGACAUAAUUAUCUUGCCUUCGAUACAAUCCCUGGAUGGGGGAGAAAGACACGUCUGAGCAUCCUCUGCAGUUCCUUCAAUGAUCUUAUUUUAGUAACUUUUUUUUACAAAUCACUGUAGAUUUGUGUGGUUUGGGACAUUCCUUCCCCGUCUUCAUUUGAUUUGAUGAGUAGCAUAACCAUCUGUUUGUUUACUAGACCAGCAACGGAAUGUGCAACAGAUAACUGAACUAAGCUUACAGAGCUAGUGUAGGAAAUCACACUCCUUUAUCAUUAUGACGACAAUAAUAAUAAGGAACUUUCCACAGCUGUCAUGAAUUUCUUUUCGAACUACAGAGAAUUCUUACAUUGGUUGAACUUAAAUUCCCCAGCCCCCAAAGAACUCUGUGGGUUUGUGAUGACUAGCUUGAAGGGAGGAGGAGGCUUGCUGGCACUUUAUGUAUAAUAAUAGAAAGUGCAGUGUACGUAUGUAUAUAAAAUUGUAUAUAUGUGAUUGUAUCCUCCCCCCACACACAUCUGUUGCAUGUCAAUUGCAUUUGUAGAUUGUAAACUCUUUAAGACAGUGGCUAUGUCCUCAUGUAUGUAUAUGUGGUGUCCUAGCACAAUAAGGUCUGGAUUCUGCCUGGAGCAUCAAGGUGGCAUUGUAAUGUAAAUAGUAGUAAUAAUAAUAAGAAGCCCAAUUCUGAUCUCACACAUCGAUGCCACUGGGAACUGUGCUAUCUAAUGGAGGAAAGAAUUGGGGUCUGUAAGGGUAAUUCCUUCCCUCUGUUGCAUGCAUCCAUUAGUGGAGAAAAUGGCCAUAGAGAGGAUUUCCCCCCCCCCUUCUACAUCCAGAGGAGCAGGUCAGAAUUGGACUUCAGAGAACAUUAGAUAGGGGGAGGAGUCAACACGUGAGUGCACCUUGGCUGCAGCUCUAAUGAAAUCUAGUCAGGCCCCAGAUCCUCACCUGCGCACAUGCUGGGGUAUAGAGCAUACAGUAGGUGGGCAUGCAUACUGCCUUGCUGCUACUGCUUAAAGGCAUAAAGAAUGGCCCACCAGGCAGGUUCCUGCUGCUCUAUGCCCACGCUAAGCCAGCCUCUGCAUCUGGGCCCCAUCUGUGUUUGACUGCUGCAGAAGUGGUCACAUAAAUCUGACUGUGUUCCACUGGCAUUUCCAGCCAAGUUUGAUUUGCUUCCCAGGACCAUUCACAGAAGCAGAUUUUGAUUUGGAAGAAAGUUCCUGGAAAGAGAGUUGUGCAUGCUUGAAUGUCCAUACACUUGAGCAUUCACUCGGGGAGGGGCGGUUUGGCCAUCUUUAAAGCUAUCAGUGGGCUUGGAAGUGGUCAGGAAGCAGGACCUGCACCACAUGACCUACGUGACCAGUCACUUAGCAUGAACAGCAAAUAACAUGAAGCAGUAGGUAUGUUAAACAGCCCGCAAGCAAAUCAAGGGCUGAAAUGUUCUCUCAAACCAUUCACCCAAUGGCUGAAUGUCAGAGAAAUGGGUACCAACAGGUAAGUCAGACACAGCAAAGGUGUCAUUGUCAUUGAAGAGAUGAAUGGCUGGGAAUACGUUGCUCAGCUCUACUCAGCACCCCUGGCACCACUCUGCUUUGCCCACCUCUGGGGUUCCAAAGAGUAAGGCCAAGAUUUUUUUUUCCAGUAUGUAGUAGUGUUUGUGUGGAGUGAAUGCCAAGUAUUGUCUUUACGAGGCUUACUAAACAGCACCAACCUGUUUGAAAUGUAGUUCCCAGUAUUUGUUUUAGUCACCUGAAGUCCAUUUUCCCCCUGCCCCCGUUUGCCCUUGGAUGCCAUUUAGUAACAGUGAGUAAGACCUUGAUUGUGUCUUGUCAGCAUGGCCUGGCUCUGAGGAACAGUGCGGAGCUGCCCUGGCCAGAGGGAGCUCUGGGACCUCCCAGGUAUGCCCAGGGUGUACACCUGCUCAUAUUCCCUUUCUAGGCUGUGGCUGGCCUACCUCUGUGUGGCUGGCCAGUUCUAUGGAGUGGGGAGGCGGCGAAGGUGGAACCCAUGACCCAGCCCACACUACAUUCCCAUGGAUACAGGGACAGAGCAGUCCCUACGCUCCCCUAGGUAAAGCAACUGGAAUUCUGUCUGGUCUUUACACAGGCCAUGAAAGGGUCAGCUCCGUGUGCCAUCCCCCAACACGGGCCCGGCUAAGUUCUAUGCUAAGUUCUAUGAUGGUUUGUCCAGUGGCCUGGCAUUUCCAGAAGCUUCACUCCAAUGUAGAAAGAUACAUAAAUUGCAAUCAGGGCUCUGCACAAAAUAACUGAUAUUAAAUAUCUCUGCUAGAUUAGGGCAGAAAAAAAUAAAGUGAUCAAACCCCUACAGUAAACCCAACAGCCAGCAGAUUCCUUCAGAGUGAAAAUUGAAAACAAGCACCAUAAUUUCCAUGUCCGUUAUACAAGUGAAUAAAUACAAACUUUGGAUUCCAAACAGCACAGGUUUAGGUAUAAACAGCGGGCCUAAUCCUCCUUUCACUUACCUUGCAGUUAACCAGUAAUAACCCGAUGGGUGUGACUGGUGUUAUACUGGCAUAAAACUGGUGGAAGUGAGAGAAGAACACUUGGCAACAACUGAUUUUUCUGAUUUACAUAAUAUUAAUCAGACCACUCCCUUUUCAAAGCCUCACCUUCGAAGGCUUCCCACAUUGGUGACAGCUCUACCAGUGAGCCAGGCUACACAUAGCAUCUUUAAGAGCCCAUGUGUGGCAUGCAUUCACAAUUCAGCAUUGCUAGUGAGUGCUGAGAAAUGCUCCUCUCUCUAUGGCCUCCCACAUGCUGGGCAUGCCACAAGUUUUAUUUUCCAUCUUAGACAAUGGAAUAAAAUCAAAUGGCUUUGCAGUGCUUCAUUACACUGAAUUAUUUUGGGUUUCCACAUGGGGUAAUGAAUGUAAACAUGGUCAAAUACCUUGUGUUUGUUUCAAUAGAUAGUUGGAUUUGUGUUUCUGGGCCAAAGUCCCUAAUAUGCACUUUGAGAAAGAAAAGUACCCAAGAUAAAUAAGCUAAAUGCAUUUAUUGUAGUAAAAAAGGAAUUUAGUGCGAUUAAACAAGAAUAAUGACAGAUUAUAUUUGUCAGUAAUUUAAAUUGAGGCACUGUGUGCAGUGAAUCUGUGCUGUACAAUUUAAAUCCUUAUUCUCGUCCAAUUUGUGCAAUACUUUGCUUUGAAAGCAUGUACUUCAGUUGUGACCCUCUUGGUCUCUUUUUAAUCCAAGGAAUGUCCAUAAAAUAUGAAAGUCUCUUCCAUUGACCAAUAUGUUUUCAAAUUUGUUCAAUAUUAACAGCACAGUAAAUGGAUAAUAUAUGUUUAUGCCUUUUACAGGUGAAUAAA